UACCAGGAGCGCUGAGAGUUCACAGAGCAUCUUCAACACUUUUACCUCUCGGUCUAAUACUUCAACUUUAUAACAUCCUGACUGGUAAAACAUGUCUUAUAUCGGAUCUGAUGACUUUGAUGAUGAACAAAAUAAACUCGGGGAAUAUGAAGGAGACAGAAAUGAAGCAGGGGAGAGACACGGAUUCGGUAAAGCAGUUCUACCUAACGGAGACGUUUAUCAGGGACAUUAUGAGACCGGGCAGAGACACGGAGAGGGAACAUAUCGCUUUAAGAAUGGGGCGAGAUAUGUGGGAGAUUAUCUUCAGAACAUGAAACAUGGACAGGGAACUUUCUACUACCCAGACGGAUCCAAAUAUGAAGGCUCCUGGGUGGAGGACCUGAGACAAGGUCACGGUCUCUAUACUUACCCGAACAGAGACACGUAUGAUGGAGAGUGGCUGCAGCAUGUGAGGCACGGUCACGGCAUUUACCACCAUCAUGACACUGGCGCAGAGUACAAAGGAUCAUGGGUAAAUGGCAAGAUGGAGUCAGCUGGAGAGUACAUCCACACCCACCACCAAUACAAGGGCAGCUUUGUCAACAACUACCCGUGCGGUCCGGGCAGGUACGUGUUUGACAUCGGGUGUGAGCAGCACGGAGAAUUCCAACAAACAGAGCAGGACCGAGCUGAGGGCGAGUGGGGCGAGUUGUCCUCCAACACCACCCUCAAGUGGAUCCCAAAGUGUAUCACCGGCCUGACACCAUGGACUCCAGGGAGAGACUCUACAGCUGGAGAAAAGGAAACAGCUUCAGCAGAGGAGGGAGCAGAGAACUCACCAUGAUCAAACCACAAUCUGUUCACAAAUAAUAAAAUAUGUCUUGCAAUGUAUGA